AUGAUAUCCGAUGAGUAUUGGACUACCUACCAUGAAAAACUGGCUGAGAGUGAUCUACAUACGCACACAACGUCAUUCAUUCCACGGGAUUGGGCUCUGAAUGCCGUCGACAUAGCAAGUGAAUGGGUAGAGCAGCAGUUCGCCGCGCAUGUUGCCGGGAGACCUCUUGUUCCUACGCCUCCGGAACUCGAUCCUGAAACUGUGCUUGCUUGCGGACACCUAGCCUUUGUGCUGGCGGAAGCAUAUCAACAUCCCAUCAAAUUGGAUAUCGAUAUCAUUAGGUACAACGAGGCCUUGGCCAAACGGGAGUCAGGGUUGAAUGACGCUUGUGAAGAAGCAUUGUUGGCAAAGUUUCCUCCUGCCGAACGCAUGUUCUUAGAUAGCCCAUCGGUGGUGAUUGACGCUGGUUACCGGAUCAUUCUAUGGUAUCUCCCGGGUGCGUUGAAUUGGUCUCUGCAGCGAGAUAUGUUCAUUGCCACAGUCGGUAUGGGGGACUUGUUGAGAAAAAGCAUCACCACCGGAAAUGAGUCAACCGGCAGGACAAGCAAAUGGCGGACCAACAAUUCCAACUUCCGCGCAGCCAUGGAACCUGGUUUGAUUCCCGGGUGCAUCAAUAUUUCUCCCUGCUGGUUCCAACAGGGGCGGGAGUGUCAAGGCCCACCAUCUCGGGAUCCCGGGAAAAGGUUCAUACCGGAAGUUUUGGGUACCCUUAAAGGCGAUAGCAAUCUCUCUUCAAUUAUGGAUAUGCAGCGGCCGGCUCUCCUGUCAUCUGCUGCCCUUCGGGUGAUGCAUCCGCAAUUAUACUGGGCCUCGAUGUCCACUCAUGUUAAACUUGGGCUUUGGGCAGUGGAGCAAGGGCAAGAUGAGAUGUACCGCUGUUUGCAACAUUGGGCGUCGGCAUAUACCGGUGCCGCUGUUGUAUGCAACAGAGACACGCCGGGUCAUCGUGAUCCCAAAUGCCCUCCGGAAGGAUUUGACAUUCUUACUUCUAUCGGAAGCUAUGACAACGCAGUCAUGAAUCUGACAAAUUUAGGAAUUGAUCUAGCUUAUAAUCCGGGCGUCAUGGUCAGCUAUUCUGGCCGACUUGUGAGGCACGGCAUCCAGGUUAGUGAGGGCGAUAGAAUUGUAUGGGCCUGGUUUAUGCGGGAUAGCGUGCACAACCAUGCUCGAACUCCCCGUACAGAGUAUGCAAAGUACAAUUUGGCCGACUUCGCUAUGUACCACCUUGCCAGAUACAAUCAGGCUGAUUUUGUUCGGUACCGGACAUAA